AUGUCCGGGUCUGAUUCGCAAACGGAGGAUAUUGAUCCCGAUAACAUCAUUAAAAUUUUAGUCGCCAGUGAUAUACACUUGGGAUUCAAGGAAAAGGAUCAAUUGCGAGGCGACGAUAGCUUCAUUGCCUUCGAAGAAGUGCUGCAGCAUGCACUAGAACAUGAAGUGGACGCAAUUUUGCUCGGCGGAGAUUUAUUUGAUGCGGCCAACCCCUCCACGAAAACAUUGGAUCGCUGCUUCCGUUUGCUGAAGACCCACUUGCUGGGCGACAAACCGAUAAAGCUGGAAUUUUUGAGCGAUCAAAAUGUGAAUUUCCUCGACUCGUUAAGCCAAACGGUGAACUACGAGGAUCCAAACUUAAACAUCGCCAUACCUCUGUUUUCCAUCCAUGGUAAUCAUGACGAUUCGGGCGGUUCCGGUUGCGUAAGCUCCAUGAAUUUGCUGAGCACAAACGGGUACGUGAAUUACUUUGGUAAAUGGACUGACUUGAGCAGGAUUGAUAUUCGGCCUAUAUUACUGCGCAAGGGUGAAACGAAACUUGCACUGUACGGUCUGAGUUACAUGAGUGAUGCCCGGCUUUGUCGCUUGUUGGAAGAGGCGAAAGUGUUCAUGGAGAGACCGGAUCAGCCCGGGUUUUUCAACGUGAUGGUACUGCACCAGAAUCGAGUCGAACGCGGACAGAAAAACCAUCUGCCGGAGAGCUCUUUGCCACAAUUUCUUGAUUUAGUCAUAUGGGGCCAUGAACACGAUUGCCGCAUUGAACCGGAGGAAAACUCGGCGAAAAAUUUUCACGUUAGUCAACCGGGCUCCACGGUGGCGACGUCCCUAUCGGAGGGUGAAGCAAUACCGAAGUGCUGUGGGCUGCUCAGCAUCCAUAAACAAAUGUUCCGGAUGGAUUCAAUACCGCUGAAAUCGGUGCGACCGUUUGUGUUUGAAUCGGUCGAUUUAGCCACGGUGCAGGAAGAGCUAGCGUUGAACGAAGGUGACGUUCAGCAAAAGGUGCAAGACUUUGCCGCGGAACGUAUUGAAGCUAUGAUCGAGCGUGCCAAGACGCAGCUCACCGGGUUCCCACGGCAACCGACACUUCCGCUGAUACGUCUCCGUCUAGUACUGACGGAAGUUGAGCAACAGUUCAAUGCAAUCCGUUUUGGCUUGCGGUAUCAAAAGCGCGUAGCCAACUCACUGGAUAUGGUCAUUUUCAAGAAGAAGCCCAAAGUGAAGAUUAAGAACGAAGGGGGAGACACGGUUGACAAGGCAGCACUCAAGGAAGUAUUCAGCAACCGGUCUGAUCGGCGCGUAGAAGACAUCGUUGAAAGGUAUUUCCGCCAGGCUGAUGCAGUGAACCAGCUACAAGUGUUACAUCCCCGAAGCUUGUCCGAAAUGAUGCACAAGAUGGUCCACUUCGAGGAUGACGAUGUGGUUAGGAAGGUUUUAAAAUUUUACGAAGACAAAUCGCUCGCCUUUCUGUCCACGCACGGCGGCUCUACCUAUGAGAGCGCGCUUGAGGCUUUCGAUGAGGUAGGGUUUCAUAAGGCCGAACCGAAUCUGCAUGAUCAGUUUCUCACCAUGUUGCAUGCGCAACCAAAUCGGGAGGAUAUUACCGAUCCGUUAAAUCGGUUUCGUGAUCUCGAUGGGAAUGAUGGACCGGUUAAGCUGGUCGACAAAACGGCACCCGUCAAACCGGCACGCGGACGAGGAUCACGAGGUGGACGGGGAGCACAGGGACGGGCUGCGAGCAAAGCAGCAAGUACUAGUGCAACCCGUACCCAAUCGCAAGCUUCGAUCAGUACUAUGUUCAGCCAGCAGUCUGAUAGCAACAGCAGUAAAGUUAGUGUGGCCACAAGAACUUCAUCCAGAAAAACGGCAACACAAAAGGCCCGACAAAUGGCUUUCGAUUCCGAUGAUGAGUAA